UUCCAUCUUAAUACAAUCUCAAUCCUCUGCUCUUUUCUCAUCACCAUUUGUGAUCUUAAAAGAAAAGAAAACCCAAAUCAGACUUCAGACCCACAUGAUGUUGACAAACACUUGGGUCUUAAGAUGCUCAUGCCCCAUAUAUUCAAACAUAAACCACACUACUAAACAAACGAAAUUGCAUCGCAAAAACACAUAUAUUAUCACAACAAGAAGAAAAGCCUUAUUCCUCUUAUUUUCAAUUCCAUUCAAUGCCCAUUCAGCAUUUGCAUCUGAAUCAUCAUCGUCAUCAUUUCUGGACAUGUUUCGAAUGACGGUUCCUGACCAGACAAUGGAAGAAGCAGAAGGCGGAAUCAGGGAACACGCAAUGAGUUUAGUACAAGUUAAAGAUUUGUUGGAAUUGGAAACAUGGAAAGAAGCACAAAAGGAAUUGAGAAAAAGUGCUUCCUUGUUGAAACAGGACAUUUAUACCAUAAUUCAAGGCAAGCCUGGAAUGGAAAGAGCCCAACUCCGGAAUCUAUAUUCCAAACUGUUUAAUGGUGUCACUGAAUUGGAUUAUGCAGCAAGGGAUAAGGAUGUGCCACGUGUUUGGAUAUUAUACCAAGAUAUUGUUGUCACUCUUGAUGAUAUUUUAUCUAAAGUUUAAUUAAUGGCUCGCAUUAUGUUAAAGUUUGAAAUUUAUUCUAAUGUGCAUUUACUUUUUUUUUAA